AUGGCGAAACCGACUGUGAGCGCCGAACACGCGCAGUCGCCUCCCUCGGACAAUGACGGAGGUGAGCGGCCUGUGCGGAAGCAGCUCAAGGAAACCAGCAUCGAGUCGACCUCGCAAGCUGGUGGAAAUACCCGAUCCAGCAGCGGCGGCAGGAAGCGCUCCAUCGAAGAGUCGCGUGAGGAUGGCGCGGCUGUUGAUCCCAACGAGAACGGUUUGAACCAACGAAAGCGAUCGCGCGAGUGCACCCCCGAAGACCCCAAACUUUCUUCCGAGUCGGUCAAGAAUGAGGAGGCAAAUGCCGGUACCGCUUCUCACAAUGUGAGUGACCCUGAAUCCACCAACCCUGAAGUGGCCCCCCUCCUGGAAACAAUCAAGGACAGCGAUGAAGCCACCGCACCAUCCGAGCAGGAUGAAGAUGCCCCUUCUGGACACCCCAGGGACAGCGAAGAGGAUACGAACUCCUCGUCUGGAGACUCCAUCGACAUUGUCGAGACUGAUCCUGCCUCCUCUGGAUACUCCGUGGACAGUGACGAGAAUGAUUCUGUGUUUUCUGGAGACUCAACCGAUGAUGACUCGAAUGAUACUGCUUCUUCCGGUGAUUCCACGGACGAUCACUCCGACGAGGAUGCCUCUUCAGAAGACCACACAGACAGCGAUGAGAAUGAUGAUGCCAACUCUGAAUCCCAGGCUUCCGAACACGAAUUCCCCGCAAUUGGCCGAUACCAGGACGCAUCAACCAGCACUGCGCCGCGAAAUGUGAGUGACUCUGAAUUUGAAUCCGAUAGUUUGGAAGCCACCAAUUCCCCGGACACCACCCUGGAGGAGAUCCAAACCACCAAAAUCCCUGAGGAACAAGAUGCCAAAAUUCCUGCAGAUAUCCUUCCAAAGGAUACCCAGGAAUCGCACAAGGCCAAUCUCAAGAAUGAUGAUGAUACCAACCCAAUUUCACAGGACACCGACAAGUCUGCGGCCGAGAGCACCUCCGGCGCUACCACCAAUCCUCCCGACAAUGCCGACGAAGCCGCAAAGGUUCCCAAGAAGAAGAGGAGCAGGGAGCAACUUGAAGACGAUUCGAAGGGAUCCGGGGCUGUGACUACCACUGAACCCAAGUCUGCCCCUCUUGACGAGAAAGCCACAGUCGAGGGAGAGCCUGAGAAGAAAAAACAUCGUGAUAACUCCCAGGAACGAGAAUCCAAGACGGACAAGGCUUUUGCUGCGAGUGCAUUCGGGAAUGCAUCUGCCGCUUCCCCAUUUGCUUCGUUGGGCGCUGCGAAGACUAAGACUACUGCUAAUGAACCAUCGGAUGCUGACAAAACUACCUCCACUUCUGCGUUUGCAUCGUCUGGGUUGGCUGCCUUUGCCGGCUCUGAAAAGUCCCCGUUCGGCACCUUGGGUGCAUCGACCCCUUCUGUUUUCAAGUCCGCCAGUUCUACUCCAUCAGCUUUUGCCUCGGCCUCGGGCAGUUCGGGAUUUAGCGCUCUCGGAACUGGCUUCGCCGGGGUCGGUGGCGGUUUUUCUGGGACUGCUAGACCAGGUGGUCUAACCAGCUUUGCGUCUCCCAACUCCCCUGCUACCUUUGGUGAAUCCAAAGCCAAACCAUUUGGAGCUGAAGAAUCUGAGGGUGAGGAAAGUGACAACAACGACGAUGAAGAAGCAGAUACGUUUGAAGCGGAAAAGACCGACGAGCGAUUCUUUGAACAAACCAUUGAAACUGGCGAGGAAGAAGAGGAGACCGCUUUUACGUGCAAGGCUAAGCUGUUCAAUUUCUCGAACAAGGAAUGGAAGGAGCGUGGCAUCGGCACUUUCAAGGUCAACGUGCGACGGGGUCCCAACGGCAAGCGAUCUGGCCGGAUGAUCAUGCGUGCGGACGGCGCUGGGCGUGUGAUGCUGAACAGCCCGAUCUUCAAGGGGAUGAACUAUGGAGAUCCCAAGGGCGAGGCUCCCUCAACUAAGCAGAUUCUCCUGGGCAGCACGGAAGACAACCGCACCGUGCCACUGCUGCUUCGCACUGGGAACGAAUCCCUUGCUAAGGAUCUGUACUCGGUGAUCAAGGACCUGUUGGAAGAAGCUUGA